AUGGACAAUUCAAUUAAAGACAAUUACCGUGAAAAACCCAUUGUGUGUUCCGGUAUAAGGGAGCUACGCGUUUUAAAAACGACCAAGUCAGCUUUUAAAGGAUUUGUGGAUGAUGAAUACCGAACUCUUCCGUAUUCCGACGACCGGAUAUUUUCCUCUGUAGUGACAGCUAAUUGGUGGUACAGUUACUUCGAGGGUGUCGACUUCAAUGAUACAUGGGAUAAAGUGAAAGGAGCAGUACUUGAAGGUUUUGCAGGCCCAGCGGACAAAGGUGUCUUCUCUGCAAACGUUGAGAACACGCUGUACAUGACAGCUAAAUUAAUUCUGUCCAGAGUUCCGCAGAUACAUCAAAUGGAGAUAAAUUUCCCGAACAAGCAUUACUUUGAAAUUGACUAUACGAAAUUCCCCAAAAUAAGUUUUGAAGGCUGUUUUAACAGGGUAUAUACGGCAUUAGACAACCCAUCUGGAAAUAUACGUGCUGUGGUGAAGAGGAGUAAUAUGUCAAAGCUCUAAAAGGUGGAAAUGUACACGACGAAAAUAUUUCUUUUCUUUCCACAUUUUCAAGAAGUAUGUGUAUC